AUGGCUCAAGCUUCGACAGUCGAACCGUCGAGAGAACGUGCUGUCUCCUCUGAGCCUUGUUCAACCCGCCCUAAUCCGUUCGACGACGACAUAUCGGCUAGAAAGCGGCGUCGCACUUCUCUGGCUAGCGCUUCCCGGAGUCGGUCCGUCGAGACGCUCGAUUCUUCCCCGAGCUCGCCCGCCGCGGGCAAGUCGGCCGCGGAAUCGACAAGCGAUUCCGCCAUGAAGAUUGACUCUGAACCCACCAUUCCCACUACCCCCGAGCGGCAACAUAUUGAGCCCGAACCAGCCUCUGAACCGCGAUCCAGCCGCGUCACAAUAAAUGUACGGACCCCGUCACGUACCCUCGAGGCGAUCGUCUCGUCUCCUCCGUCCCCCUCCGUCAGGAGUGCUACCCCGCCUGCGGUAUCGCCAACGGAUGGUGUCAGGAUCAGUGUGGAAGAAUCCGAGGCCGUCAUGUCGCUGAAAAAGGCGGUAAUGGACACGUCAGGGUCGUCGACGCCCGAUAGCGGUAGCCCCCCAGUCGAGGUCAUAACAGAUGAUGAGGGAGAGGUUGACGUGCCCUUCACCAUAUUGGAUGGGUCUGGACGUUCUCGGAUCCGAGACCCCUCGCUCGCUGUCCCAUUUCACGACGUUGCUGAGACAUAUCUGGAUACCAUGAUUCGGUUAUCGCAGUACCUUGUUACUCACGACCAGGUGUCCCACCAAUUCUCCGAAUGGAUUGAGAGUUAUCUGCUCUACCUCAAAUCCGUUCCUCCUCGCACAGCUGCCGAGUCUUACUACAGCCACCGGGAGAUAUGGCAGCAUGUUCCCGAGCUAGUUCUCUUCAUGGUCAACCGAAAGACUCCAUACCCACGACUCAGGGGCCUGAGACAGGAGAUCUUUGCGUUUUAUAGGUCCUUUGCCAGGUUGACUGCCUGUUUCAUCGAACUCGACCUCCGGGCACUGCGAAACCUGGGACUACCUGACCAGGGCCAGCUCCCGCCCCUUGCUUCCGCUCCCUAUGCUCAUGCUCUCGGUUUCCUCACCCGCAAGGAUGAGGUGAACUGGCACUCGUCACAGCCUAACAACGUAGAUGAGGACUGGAGCUACAGCGCAGAGGUGGCAGAUAUUCUGGACAUCUUCCAGACCUACUCAACUGUGCAGGGAGGCACUCUCGCAUGCCUGAAGCAGCUGGCUCUUAUUGAGCGUGAGCUUAUUUCGCACUGCCCAAGACUCACCGAUCAUCUUGGCAAUCUAUGCGUCCUCGCUUCGAAUGUCGUACAGCAGAGCUUCCGCAGACUUCGCAACCCUAGUCAGCAGGCUUCUGAGACCGCCAGGCAGACCAUUUUGCGGAGUUAUGCGCUGUUCAAGCCCAUGUCCGCAACCGUCUCGGAAAUCAUCGACAAGAACCUCAACCACCUCUCACUUGACAGCGCAGCGAACCUUCUCACCUCGCUGACCGAGAUAUAUCAGGCAUGCCUGGCUACUAAUGGCGUCGUCCCUGCGGACACGAUCGAGGCGCACCGCCAGGCCCACCCGCCUAUUGCUGCGCAGCACGUACCGGAGGCUAUGGCUUACCACUGGAAAUUCACAAAUUUCGCCAAGCUUAUCAAGUCUGGCCAGAUGCAACUCAGAGUCAUGGCUGUGAGCACUAUGUGUGGGGACCUCGUCACGUUCUACCGCAAAUGCAGCGAAUCCCUCGCUGAAGAAGCCACUAUCGCCCUCCUGAAAUAUCUUGCUCACUUCCUUAUUACGGCAGGUCUGGUCAACUACAUUCUUGGUCCGACAUGCCACCCGGAGAUCACGCUCGAGAGCAGUAACAUUGUUGGGUUUCUGAUUGUGUCGCAUACCUACUCGAAUGAGCACACAGACACCUUGUGGCAGACAGUGACCUCGACUCAAGAUCCCCGCGUGUCCGACGCCUUGAUCCGGAUGACCAGCCGCAUCACGAACCUCUUCACCACGCAAGAACCGUUGAUGUAUCUCUGCGAGAAACUAAACACGGUGCCAGUUGAAUUAUUCAGCGUGACCAUGCGUGAGUUCUGCGACCAAAUCUUCAAGCAACUCCUCGCCAAGUUUCCGGAGAGCUUUCUCACCGACUCCGCUCCAUUCGACCUUUGCAUACGCCUGAUCCGCCAGUCGUCUUGCUUUGGUUCGGGUUCGCCUAUCGCGUAUCCCGACGUCCAGCAGUUCGCGAUACAGAAGUUAGAGAGCAUCCUGAGCCACGGCCCUGGCCUGGAAGGCCGCUGGAAGAUUUACCAGGACUGCCUUGACGAUAUCGCCAGGCGAUCGCCGUCCGCGAUAGGAAGCCUUUGGGUGCUCAGAGUGGCGACACGCUCUUACCACGCUCGGGAUUUACGUGAUCUGGCGUCAGAAAAUAACUUGACGAAGCUCCUGGUCGAAGAGCUCGAAGCUGCGAUCCCGAUCGCAAAGGCUGCUGGGUUCUCAGCCGUCAUCAGUGGGCCGCAGAACGCGCCGCGGAAGGAGCUUCUUUCAUCGCUGAUGUCACAAGAGGCAUCAUCCAUCACCAAAUCUCUCGGACAGAAGCUAUGGGAUCUCCUCGUGGGCUCGAGGGCGGCUUGUCAGGAGGACAGGGAUGUUGCGUGGCAGCUCCUGAACCAGACGAUGAAGGGGAACCGCCAAGGGGACAACUCCUUUACAUCAACUUGCUUUGCCGAGUACCUUCCGACCCUGGACCCGGAAUUCUUCUGUCAGGGCACUCUCGAUUUCGUGCGCGAAUGGGUUUUGCCGCUCGUCAACGAUCCGGCGAGUAUCAUACUUGAUGAUUGUGACAGUGCUAAUCACCCGGGCAUUGAGCUGCUAUGGCGAAUGAUCCUGACUGCUCCCAGCGGCACCAUUGAGCAGCGGGCAAUUCAGACAUUGGUUAGCGACAUCUAUAUUGAGAGCCGGUCUAUCCUGUCGUUCCCGCAUUAUAGGGCACGAAAAGUACACCUGGCCUUUGUCGGCCGUUGUCUUCAACAGCUCUCUUCGGCAGCCACCAGGCUUAAAGCUUUCGCCGACGGUUCUACAAGCGGUGAUGAUGAUUCCAUGGUGAUUGUCCCCACAGAACAACAGAUGCGGGAGCAAGAGCUGCUCUUCAUCCGAUCCCUUGCGGUUUUGAGCGAGUUUCACCGACUCCACCAAGCCAAGCCAGAGUUCUCGGCGCCCGAUAUGAGAUCGCUCAUCCUGGAGUCACCCAAGGAUAUAGAAGGCGAGUCAGCAGAACUAAAAUACCAGUCAUUCGACGGGGACAGGCAAACAAAGGUCAUGCCCCUGAACAUUGGCAAGCGCAACACCGCAGCUUCGCUUUUGGCCAGUCUGCGGGAGGCCACGGGCUUCGAGAAUUACCAAAUAUACUACCGAGGCCGGCCGUUUGUUCCACACGAAAACGACAUCUGCAAGUCCCUCGAGGAUCUCAAAAUCCACAACGGCAUCAUCCUUGUUAAGAGAGAGUCCCAAGCCCCAAUUAUCCCGAAAAUCCGCCUCGGAGCCUCUCCUGUUGAGAUUGAGAUCCUCAGCCGCUUCCAGGAGCUGUGGGAGUACCUAUCGAUGGAAGAGAAACUCGCUCGUGAGAUUUACCGCUUCCUGGUCAAACUGCCGGCCGAUGAGGGCGUCCUUGAAUCCAUUGAUGAUUCCUCGCUCUCGUACAUGGACAUAUUUUCCCUAGGACAGCCCUUCAAAUCUCUCUACGCCGUACAUGCGCUUCGUGAGUAUCUGCAGUCCGAACGCCCUAGGUCAAUAGGCUCUUCCUUCGCAGGGCAGGAUGGUGAGACGAAUGGGCCGCCAGAUCACCGGGCUGCUUCCUUGGCCCGAGCCAUGUCCCUUAUCGUCCCGGCCCUCUCGGACCCACAGGUCACUGUGCAAUGCCCGGGUCAUGAAUUGCGAAUCGAACUUGGUUCUGCCCUGGUAGAGCUGUUGGUUUCGCUCCUCAAAGACCCACAACUCCCUGGCUCGGCGGCCAAGCUUCUCGACGCGCCUCUGCUGGAUCGCCUUUUGGCUAUGCUCUCAGCAGCUCUUUCGACCAACACGCCGGACAGCGCUACGAAACACGUGCCCCUCUGUCUUCAGAGUAUCUUUGAAUCCUGUUCCAUGAGUGAGGUCUUCCUGUCAACAUUUUGCGCCCAUCCAAAGGUCCCGCGCUUGCUCGAGGACCUGCUGCUCCACGACCCACGAGUCGCUGUCAGAGAGAGCACUGCCGUGCUUAUCAGUCAGAAAUGCAGUCCAGCCAAAGAAGGUCAAAGCCGCCUUGACGAUGCCUCCGCGACUUUGAAAUUGAGAGAAUUCUUUUGGCCACAGAUAUCUCGCCUUGUUGGGCAAGCGGUCGCCAACCCUGUCAACUCGGAAGAGAUUCUUAGCUUGUGCCUAGAGAUGUUCCAGACCCUGCGAGAUGCUCAGUCUGGAAUCCUCAAACUCAAAGACCUCUCCAACGAUUGGUUCAGAUUACUGCUCGGUUAUACAACCUUUGAAGAUCCGACCAAACCUGAUCAGAUCGAUUUCGUGGCAGCCAGCCUUACUCGGCUCUUGCACACUCUCAUAUGCGGGAGUAGUAAGACACUCCGCCGCGAGAUCCUUCCGCCGAGCGGCAUUGCACGGAAACUGUUCUGGAAGCACCUCUUCCCGCAUCCAGAAGAGAAGGUGAGAGAACUUGAGCCCGGCCGGCCGGUUGUGUUUCCCGAAACGCGCUCUCUUCUCCUAGAAAUUCUUUUCUCCUUGGUUCAUGAUGACCCCACCCAGUUCAUGUGGCUCCUUGAGGACAUGGACAGGCUGGUUCCGGUGUAUCCAGACUCCGAAGGUGAUUACUACGAUUACGAGCUCCCACAGCAGUUUGAAAGGGCAAAGGCGAUCAGAGCGGCUUGCGGCUACCCGGGUCUGAGGAACCUCUCAAACACUUGCUAUUUCAACUCACUCUUUGCCCAACUAUUCAUGAAUGUCGAAUUCCGGCAGUUCAUGCUCACCGCCGCCGUUCAGGAUCCCGAUCACACCCAAGGUUUGCUCUUUCAGACUCAGAAGCUAUUUGCAUUUAUGCAAAAUAGCCUUCGCCGUUUCAUCAACCCUGAGGACUGUGUUGCCAGUAUCAAGACCUACGAUGACACGCAAAUUGAUAUCGCCCUCCAAAUGGAUGUAGACGAGUUCUACAAUCUGCUUUUCGACCGAUGGGAAGGGCAAUUCCUGACAAACGACGAAAAGAAUCGUUUUCGUUCCUUCUACGGCGGCCAGCUAGUCCAACAAGUUCGGUCUCAAGAGUGCGAGCACGUUUCCGAGAGGCUUGAGCCUUUCUCUGCCAUUCAAUGCGAUAUCAAAGGCAAGAGCUCGUUGCAAGAAAGCUUGCAGGCCUACGUCGAUGGCGAAAUCAUGGAAGGAGACAACAAGUACAAGUGCUCGACCUGCGAUAGACAUGUCGAUGCUGUGAAGAGGGCUUGCCUCAAGGACAUACCGGACAACCUGAUCUUCCACCUAAAGCGCUUCGACUUUAGCUUGCGGACCCUUCAUCGGAGUAAGAUCAAUGAGUAUUUUGCCUUCCCAACCAAGAUCGAUAUGCGUCCUUACACCAUUGAUCACUUGAGCAAUCCCGCUCAGGACCAGUCGGAAGACAUCUUUGAGCUGGUCGGCAUCCUUGUUCAUUCUGGAACGGCCGACUCGGGGCACUACUAUUCGUACGUCCGAGAGCGGCCAACAGCGGACGAUGCACCCACAUGGGUCGAAUUCAAUGAUGAUAUCGUCAGCUCAUGGGACCCUGCACUGAUGGCAAGCUCGUGCUUUGGAGGCCCUGACUAUCAGCCCCACUUCCAGCCAAACAACCAGGUGUAUGAGAAGCAGUACAGUGCCUACAUGCUAUUCUACCAGCGGUCGUCCUCCCUGGCCCAAAACCAAGCGCUAGUGAGGGAAUCCGGAUGCUCCACUCCUAUUCGGGUGGAGAUUCCCGAGGCAAUGCAAGAACACAUUGAGAUGGAGAAUACCUGGAUCCUUCGGAGGCAUUGCCUAUUCGACCCCUCCCAGAUCCAGUUCGUCUGUUUGGCCCUUCUUCAACUGAAAAAUUUCAACUCUAACGGAUGCUCUCGGGACCACAUCAUGGAGACGCAGGCGCUUAGCAUGGCGUUGGGCCAUCUUGACCAGGUCGCAUCGAGGACAAAGGACGUUCCAGACUUUUACAAUCUGCUCAGUCGGUUACGAACUAUGUGUCAGGGAUGCGUCCGCUGCAGCCUUGCCGUGUUUAGCUACUUCGCCCAAUAUCCCGAAACAUUCAGGAUGUUGGUCCAGAGGAACACGGAUGCGGAUGUCCGCCAAGGGACAGCUGGCUUAUUGAUCAGACUCCUCCAAGUCAUUAAAUCGCAAGUACCUGUGCAGUAUGGGCUGCCGGUACAGGAAGGAGAUGACGACGAGGACGAAUUCGACCCCAGGACGUGUGUUAUCGCGGGCGUGAUACGCCUAUUCGAACACUUUUGGCAGCAUUUCCAGAUCAACCUGCGGUCAUGGCCCGAGGUAUUCGAUCUUAUGCUGUCGUUUGUCAAAUUGGGCCGUCACGAGCUUGCAGCCUUCCUGGCACAGCCGCACUUCCUCAGAAAUCUGCUCUACAUCGUGUGGGCUGACGCAAACUCGGAGUCGUUGCUACCUCAGCAGUUUGUGAAGAUGCUUGCUAUGGUCUCGAGGAGGCCGGCAGCCCGUCCGCCUGCUUACGAAACGAUACUUGCGCUCUUGGAUUACCUGCUUGGAAACAUCCGGUUGUCCUACACUGAGGCUGGGACCGUCAAAGGGGUGAUCCACGCUAGGGAUCGUGUCAGGCUUAACCCGGAUUUGGACCAGCCGUUCGAGAUUACCAGAAGUGAAGCCGAAAUUCUGCAUAUGUACUGCCGCACGGUUCCCGUCAAUCUUUUCUUUGACAGGCUCAUUUGCAUCAGCCAGAAUCCUCAGGCGACCUACUCGAUCAUCGGCAAUCUGAUAAAACAGAGCCAACAGAUGGAAGAAGCAGUAUACCGCACACUCCAACACGGGAUCAGCGGCCAGGUGACCCAAUACAACGUCACACCCUACCUGCGUGUCGCUGGGGACGUCUUCUGCCGCGUGGCAAGCCGAGCGCAGGUCAUCAAUGAGUUGAUCGGGCAUGUGUCGCAGCAAUGCCUGUCAUUGCAAAGUGCAGAAGGCAAGGCGUUCCUGGAUUUUCUACGCGAGACCUUUGAUGGGCCUCGGGAGAGAUCGGGGGAGACAGCGCACCAGGUCGUCAUGAGAUCUCUCGAAUUUGUGCCCGAAUGGGCACCCAGUUUGUUGGGAUACUUUGACACGUCGGUCAGCGAAGAGGUGGAGACAUUCCUCCAGGAGAAGAUCUUCCAAUACCGUUCAUACCGGUUACCCGACGCCGAAAAUGCGGACGAAGCGGCAGAAUUGGCAGAGAAAAUGAACAGCACGGCUAAAGCACUGGGGACUAGGUGUAUCUUGUUUUUGCGCGAUAAUUACGUCGCUAGGAACGUUGACGUUACAGAGCGCCUUGUCAGCGGGCUGCAGCGGGUGAUUAAACAGUGCAGCAAGUACUUCACGGAUGAUGAGGAAGCGCAGGAAUUUGCCUUGCACAUUCAAGGAAUUUUUGAGGCGUUGACCAGACUCAUGGUCGUCGAUGAACUGGAGGAAGACGGCUCCGGUAUGUACUACAGCGACUCCGAGAGCAUCAGGUCCAGCAACACAGCUGGCUGA